UUCCUGUAUUUCAGUGCGUUAAUUUUAAAAUUAUAAUUUAAAAUUCAUAAUCCUACUGAAUAACUUUAAUAAAUUUGUUUAUUUUAAUUAAAAUUAAUAAGUUUAUUUUAAUUAAAAUUAAUAAUAUAGAGAAUAAACCUAACCAAAAUGAUUUUAUUGGUUAUAAAUUCAAAUGUCAUUAAAUAUGAUAUGAUAUCUAUCUAACUAUAUCUGUAUCUGUCCUACGUGUGUUAUAAGAUGUUCAGUUAAUGUGGUAACAAAAUGAAUUUUAAAUUUACGGUAAAUUUAUUGAUUAAUAAAAGUUAAUUUGAUUAAAAAAUAUUCCGAUAGAUAACUUGGAAAUAACUUUAAUACUAUGAUGGAAAUUUGUUGAGAAUUAAAAUAACUGAAGCGAGAUGAAAAUAUUAAUUUUAGGAUUUUACAAACUUUAAAAACUGAAAUUUUGUUUGACGAACUUAUUAACAAAAAAAUAUUUUAUCACCAAAAUAAUUUUAAUUAGAAAAAUUUAAAAUAACCAAUCGUUUAAUUAUAAAUCUUUGUAAUCCCAAAAAAAAAAUGAUUCAAAGACCGCGUCAAAAAUUUGUGGAACCUGAGUGGAAGCAUGCAAAUCAAAAGUUGUACGCCUGCUCAGAAGUUGAAAGGUCAAGGGCGGAGAAAUUAGUUGAUGACGUCGAAGUGGUCAUUUCCGAAACGAGAAAGCUGACCGCGAAUGUGCAGAGAGAUGUCAACCGGAAGUUAGAACAGAGGGUGAACGAUAUGGAGCACUGGGAGACCGAAAUUAACUUUCAUUUGGACCGGGUCAAAGUUCAAAUUGACUCACUAGAGGCCACGGCCGGGCGUUUGAAUAAGGCCAGAGAAGCUAUGAAAGAACCCAUCCACAUCAACGAUGCCUGUAUCGCCGCUAGAGAGCAGCGUAAAGGCAUCGAGCUGGUACAUGACGAAGCGGAGAAAGAGCUAUUGAAGGAGGAAGAAGUUUUGAGAGGUGUUGUGUUGUUGUAUAAUAGGACGGAUGAACAGCUACAGGAACAAUUGAGGCUGGCCCGUAAAAUGCGUUACCAGCUGGAAAAAGAUAUUCAAAAUCGAAGCGAGGCCGUCAACAUUGACCGAGAGAACAUUGAGUUGAAGAACCAUCAGUUCAACAUUCAACUUAAUAACCUCUCGCAGUUCGCCGCUAGGAGACCUACAUCAGUAGACGAAUGGGAGUCAUUAACAAACGAUCGAAUCAACCAAUCGAAUCAGAUCGUCAAAAACUGUACCGAUUUACAAUCUUUGGUAAGCGGAAUUCUAAAGCAGACGUCUGAAGAUAUGGCGUCACAGAAAAAGUUAACUGAUGAAGCCCUGUCACGAAGAAUAUAUGACGUCAGAAACGCCAAAGACAAACUUGAAGAGCAUCUGGCGAAGCUGAGACAACAAAUUACCGAAACGGAAAUAAACAUGGAAAAACUCCUGAAAGCUAUUGAGGAAAAAAAACCGGCUAAAUUACUGGCGGCUAAACGGCUGGAGAAUCGAUGUCAGAGAGCGAGCAUCGAGCUUUGCAACGAUGCUGUGCAGUAUAAACUGAUGGAGGAGUCCAUGAUGAUCGAGCAGUCUGUCGAAAAGUUGGAACAAGCCUACGAGAAGGCAAAGUUCUGUUUGAAGAAUUUGAGGCAAAAAGAGGUUGACCUUGAAGAGGAAAUUGCCCUGAAGGUCAUGACUUUGGCCAUUGAUGCAAGUGAAGUCGAGUGCAUGAGGAAGUCUUUGCUGAUAAGGGAGUAUUGAGUGGCCGAUGACGUCAUAACGGGGUGAUGACGUCAUUGCAAUGAGAUGAUGUCAGAAAAUUAAUUAUCAUGUUGUAGGUAAAUAUAUCACAAUUGUUUUUUCUUAAAUUGUAAUUUUAUUAUUGACAAAGACACGCAAUAAAAUAAAUAUAAUGAAAUUUACUUCAAUGUCAAUUCUACAAUCUCAACCUUACUCACGUUAAAAAUACAUUGUAGUCAGCCUCAAAUCAUCACCUAAUCCCAUAGUUCAUAACUCUAGAAAGUAUUUUCAGAUUCAAUAAAAUUUAAUAAAAUCUAUAAAA